GUGAAUGUCCCUAAACAACGCAGGACGUUUUGUAAGAAGUGCAAAGUCCAUAAGCCACACAAGGUAACACAGUACAAGAAGUCCAAGGAACGACAUGCUUCCCAGGGUAGGAGACGUUACGACAGGAAACAGCAAGGUUACGGUGGCCAAACAAAACCUAUAUUCAGGAAAAAGGCUAAAACCACCAAGAAGAUUGUGCUGAGGAUGGAGUGCACUGACUGUAAAUACAGGAAACAGAUUCCUCUGAAGCGCUGCAAGCACUUUGAGUUGGGAGGAGAUAAAGAAGAGGAAGGGCCAGAUGAUCCAGUUCUAAUCUUUUUGGUAUUGUUGAUUCAUUAAAAUGUCCUUUUAA